AUGUUUGUAUUGGAGCAGGAAGAAUAUGCACGUGAAGGAAUCCAAUGGACAUUCAUUGAUUUCGGUUUAGAUUUACAAGCAUGCAUUGAAUUAAUUGAAAAACCAUUGGGCAUUUUAUCAAUGUUAGAUGAGGAAUGCAUCGUACCGAAAGCAACCGAUCUUACAUUAGCACAAAAAUUAAAUGAUCAACAUUUGGGAAAGCAUCCAAAUUUUGAGAAGCCAAAACCACCAAAAGGCAAGCAAGGUGAUGCGCAUUUUGCUAUGCGACAUUAUGCCGGUACUGUACGAUAUAAUGUAAGCAAUUGGUUGGAAAAGAAUAAAGAUCCGUUAAAUGAUACUGUCGUAUCUGUCAUGAAG